AUGUCCCUUUGUAGUUAUUCGUUUGUUAUUUGUUACCAUCUUCCCAGCUUACGUUCCUGGAUGGCGACCACACCGGAACAAACGAAAACAGUUCCGGAAUCCACUAGCACAACUACAUCUGAAAGGCCGGCGCCUACAUUGAUCGCGUUCCGAUGUGAGCUAUGUGAGGCGAGUGAAAGUGCUGAUUACCACGGAAGGAGGCCGCCGUUCGUGGGCAAGCUGAUUGAGCUAGCUGAGGACAGUUACGUGAUGCGAGAUCCAUUCGCUCCACCACCGCAAGCUGUACCCGAUAAGCCACCGUGCGAGUACUUCCUGGUGCUCGGUGCGGAUUGUAGCCUUUGCCGGCGAACCGUUUGCAAAGCGCCCGAGUGUAGUUUCUUUUACGGUGCCACCUUCUGUCGCUCCUGCAGUCUGGAACGGGUGACGGAGUUUCCGCUCGAAGUAAGAAGCAAAAUAAAGAAACAAUUCUCAUAGCAGCCAUGUUGCGCGUUUGUGCAUUUCAUCUAGCAACCGGAAACGGUGUUCCAGAGAAAGACGACACUGCACACAAGUGCGCUAGUCAGUAGACUAUGGUCACUACGAAACAACAUU